AAAAAAACAUUCAGAUUAUCUUAAUUAGAUUUUAAAUCUUUUAUUUCGACUCGAUUAUCGACAGGAAACGCAACGAAAUUAUGGCAUACAAUACAGUUUUAAUAAUAUUAUUCUAUUUUUUCCAAAUUACCGUCAAAGGAGUCUAUACACUACCACCAGAUAGAUGUUUCAUGAACUUCCGAUGGGACGACUGCGGGCAACCGGCCACUGCAGUAAUCUACUAUUACAAACCAGGGUCAAGAUGCGAAGUCGGCAUGUGGCGCGGUUGUCUCCCUAAUCACAAUAUGUUCGCGAACGAAUAUGAGUGUGUAUCUACCUGUAUCUUCACGAUGAGAGCAAUGCCUCAAGACUACCAUAACUUAGUCGAUCAAUAUCCAGACGAAGAAUUCAUGGCAGAAUUAGACCACCUUGAUACGACUACAGGAAAAUCAGGCAACGAUACAGUACUGGGUGAAGAAGAACGUGGCAAUGGUACGGGAGGAACUGAUCAAACAGGUGGUAUUACAGGUACAGGUACGGAAGCCACUGCAACAGGUGAUGAUAGUCCAUCUAGUACCGAUAGCGCUGCUAAUGACACGGUCGUGGGCACAGAUGGUACAGAUACACCUGCGCCUAUUGCAGGGGAUGCAACAGGGAACCCCGAUGAAAAUAAAGUAGAAGGAGGAGAAGAAGGGGAUGAAAAUAAAGAGGGAGAAGAGAAUCCUGAUGGGGACAAACCAGCUGACGAGGAAAACCCGGCUGAAGAAGACAAACCACCAGAAAGAAAGAAAUAGAAAGCCAGAAAAACAUUAUUAAACAUUAUGUUAAUAAAGUAUUAAAAAUA